AUGACCUCUAAUAUUCUACAGCUACCGUUUCGGCGGUCUCAUUCCGUCUCACUGGCCGAUGCGAUCACGCAGUAUAUUUCGUCCAAAUAUGAUCAACGUCCGGAUAUGUUCGCUGACGACUUGAUGAUCAUUGAUCGACUUCGCAACGAGGCCAUUCACGUUCAAGAGCCGCAUAUCAGUGGGAUCAGUCGGCUCGUAACCUAUGCUGCACAAUUGAAAUGGCUCGGGGGAAAAUUUCCAAUUGAUGUUGGCGUGGACUUUUCAUGGUAUCCUUCGCUAGGCUUUAAUACAGCGCGGCCUGUGACCCAGAAUAAUCUGCGAUUCGAGCUAGCCAACAUACUCUUCAACCUUGCAGCUCUGUACUCACAGCUUGCCUAUUCACUGAACCGUACAACGGCCGAUGGCCUGAAGCAGGCAUGCAACUACCUGUGCCAAGCAGCGGGCGUUUUGGCCCACUUACGAACCGACAUUAUUCCCGAUCUUCGAACGUCACCACCAGAGGACAUGGAUGAGAUGACCCUACAGAGCCUAGAGCAGCUUUUACUCGCUCAGGGUCAGGAAUGCUUUUGGCAGAAAGCUGUGAAGGAUGGGCUCAAAGAUGCUUCGAUCGCCCGGCUGGCGGCGAAGGUCUCUGACUUUUACGCUGACGCCGGCGACUUUGCAGUCAAAUCGAAUGCGAUAAGCACCGAAUGGAUCCAUCACAUGACCGCGAAACACCAUCACUUUGCCGCUGCGGCCCAAUAUCGACAGUCUUUGGACUGUUUGGAGAAGCGCAAGUACGGAGAAGAGGUCGCUCGGCUGCGAGAUAGUUUGAAUUGCGUCAAUGAGGGACUGAAAGAGUCCCGGUGGAUUGGCAAGACAGUGCUAGGCGAUUUGAAUGGGCUGAAAACCCGCGUUGCAGAAGAUCUGAAGCGCGCAGAGAAAGACAAUGAUAUUAUCUAUCUCAGUCCUGUUCCCCCAAAGUCGGAGCUCAAGAGCUUGGACCGUGCUUCGAUGGUUGCACCAAAGGCGCCCUCGCAAGUGACUGAUGCAAUUUCCAUGCUGGGCGAUAAGGGGCCAUUGGGACAACCGCUGUUCUCGAAAUUGGUGCCUUAUGCUGUGCAUAUUGCGGCGAGCAUCUACUCAGACCGCCGAGAUCGGCUGGUUAACGAGUCACUAAUCGGCGAGCUGGAGUCUUUGACUGACAAGUUGAGAGAUCUUUUGACUUCUCUGAAUUUGCCCGGCUCGUUGCAAGCUCUGGAGAAGCCACUUGGUCUACCAGGGACAGUGAUUUCCCAUGCCGAGGAAAUGCGACAGCAAGAUGGAUUGAACCGCCUCAGACGGUCCGUGGAGGAUACCAACAAAGUCAAGACUAAUGACCAGUUGAUUUACAACGAAGGCGUUGAGCUACUAGCGGCCGAGAAGGCCGAGGACGAAGCGGCCAGGCGAAAAUAUGGCACUGACCGUUGGGCGCGCGCAAGCUCCGAGGCUGCCGCGCGCAAGCUCUAUAAUACCUCGAAAGAGAUCAGCGGCUACUUUAGCUCUGCGCAAAAUAGUGAUGAUCUCGUGGAGCGUAAACUGCGCGACUCCGAAGGCGUCUUUCGCGUGUUGACGGGAACGAAUCGAGAUCUCGAGUCGUACGUUCCUAGCAGUCGCAGAGCAUCGAUCCCCCCCGAGGUCGAGCGGGAGGCUUCCAAAUUGAGAACUUGUCUCAGCGAAGUCAGCCGCAUGGAGAAUCGCCGACGCCGACGCAUCCAGGCUCUCAGGGAUAAAGCCCGCGCAGACGAUAUCCAUCCUGCCCUGCUGAGGGAGACUGCUCGACUUGAAAGAGAAUUCCCCAUGCAGGCUAUUCAAGCCAGCCAAUUUGAAGACCUGUUCGAGGAUCAUCUGCGAUUGUACGACCCCGACCACGAGAUGCUCGCACAAGAGCGGCGAGAGCAGGAACAGAUCUCUCUGCAGGUUCGUGAGGCCAAUCAAGCCUUCAGUCGGGCGCACACAGGGGAUGCCUCUACCCGAGAGCGUGAGACUGCAUUGCAAGAGCUGGAAAAUGGGUAUUUGAAGUAUAAGGAGAUCAUUUCGAACCUCGAAGUUGGUCGCAAGUUCUAUAAUGAUCUUGCCAAGAUUGUGAGCCGAUUCCGCGAUGACUCCAAGACUUUUGUGCAUCAGCGGCGUAUGGAGGCGAGUCAACUGGAAGCAGAUAUUUCCAACGUGGCCGCCAUGUCUUCCUUGCGCCUCACGCAACCACACCUGCACCAGGCAUCUCCCUCACCUGCUCGUCCUCACCACCAAAUUCCUCCGUCUUCAUACUCGGGGCUCGUAUCUGGCCCAGCGGAAUCUCAAGCGCAGGUGCUUUCUUCGCCCCAGGCCGCCCCUCAACAUCUAGUGCCUGGCCCAGUCUCAGCCCCGAUGCAUUCACCACGUCCCUCGGGAGGAGCUGCUGCACCCUUGACCGCACCACAACCCGUACGCGCCGCAGUGCCGCCACCCAGCGUUCCCACCCCGGGCAUGUGGUCACCUGAAAUGGGGAUUCGAUUUGACUCGGCGGGCGUUCCGCCAGGCGCCAAUGCGGGGCCUGCUCCGGCGUCAGCGAAAGGGCAGCCCGGCACAUGGGAUCCUAGUCAAGGGCUGCGGUUUUCAUGA